UUCAGGGCAAAGGUUAUGGCUUUUGAAAAACUACAAGGUGACUACACUGCUCAGUACUUGCUUCUAAGAGAUUAUGCUCAAGAGUUGCUCAGAACAAACCCUGGUUCAACAGUGAAGCUUGAGGUUGAAAGUGAGCCCAACUCAAAUAGUGAAACAAGGCAAUUUAAAAGGAUCUACAUAUGCUUUGGAGGAGUGAAACAAGGAUUUAAACAAGGUGGUAGGGAGAUCUUGGGUUUGGAUGGCUGCUUUAUGAAGGGACCUUAUCCAGGGCAGAUCCUAACAGCUGUUGGUGUGGAUGCAAAUAAUGGAAUCUAUCCUGUAGCAUAUGCAGUAGUUGAAUCAGAAAACACAAAUUCAUGGCUUUGGUUCCUUGAAUAUUUGGGUGAUGAUCUUGAUAUUCAUGCUAAUUCCAACUUCACCUUUAUUAGUGAUAGACAGAAGGGUCUGAUACCUGCAAUCAAUAGGCUGUUUCCUGUAGCAGAGCAUAGGUACUGUCUUCGUCAUAUUCAUGAAAACAUGAAGUCCCAAUGGAGAGGGGACCUUUACAAAGACAUGUUAUGGAAGUGUGCAAGUGCUACAAGUAUGAAGUCAGUGGUGAGGGUCAUAAUCAGUGUGUAGUGGACAUGAACACAAAGUCAUGCACUUGCAGGAAGUGGGAACUUACAGGCAUGCCAUGCAAGCAUGCAGUGGCUGUAAAUUGGGAUAUGGUUAGGUAUGGUAUGGAAGUUGAUGUUCCGGAAGCAUGGGUGGAUGAGGUUUAUUGGUUAGAUAACUGGAAAAAGGUCUACCAGUUUACCAUUGAUCCAAUCAAUGGUAGGGAAAUGUGGGAACCAACAAACUGCCCUACUACAUUAUUACCACCAAAACACCAUAACCAAGUGGGCAGACCUAAAAAGGCUAGGAAGAAGAGUGCUGAGGAAAUUUAUGAGAAGAAACAGAAGACUGCUGAGGUGAUUUCACAGAGCAUUGAAAAACAGGGGA